AUGGGCACCAGAAACUACUACGAUGUCAUAGCGGCCAACCUCCCGGCCGAACUGGGCACUAAGCUGCGCUCUCUCCCAGAUGAAUUAGUCCCAACCAUCGAUACCGUCUUCCGACUGAUUUCUGGCGACAUCUGUCCCUCCAGCGCUUCAGGCAGUCUACGGACAUCGUGGACAAAAGCCCAGCAGGACAUUUCAGGAGCUAUAGAGCAGUUGAAGAGCGGCGACCGCAGUUCAACUACUAGCUCUAAACGCAGCAGGGAAGAUGACGCUGAAGAUGCACGCACCACAAAGAAAGUGAAGCCCUCUGCAGGCGCGGCGCUACCGGAGGAGGAAGAUCCAGCGCUGUUCACGCUGAAUGCGCUCUCUCUCACUGCACCUAUCCGCAAAAAAGCCGACAUCACGGUCCACCGGCAAACACUACGUCUAACGCAUCCAACUACACACGCUGCGGAGCACCCGCCCAUCCCGCUCUCUGGAUUCCGCCGCGCAUUCCUGCUACCCACGCGCGGGAAGACCAAGCCACACUGGACAGUGCUGCUCAUGCCCUCCGAUGCGCCUGCGCCGACAGGCAAGGCUGCGGCGAAGGAACCUCCUGCUGACGCACCACAGAUCGCUUUCGGGCUCGACGCAACACCGCCAGGCCUCACCACGACCGCGCAUACGGAGGCGGACGCAACUGUCACGACACACCCAAAAGGCAGCCUCGCGCUCCCGUCACUGCGCACGUUCCUCGCACACCUACCGAUCCCGACGCUUGAGCCGUCGACGACCGUGUUUCGCAGCGCCGCCGCGGCGGGCGAACCUGUCGCGGGCGUGGAGGCGUACAGAGGUGCGAAGAGCGGGACGCUGUGGUUCCUCGACGAGGGCGUUCUGUGGGACGGCAGGCCGGCAGAGUUCUGGCCGUUGGCGGAGUUGGCGCCUGGAGAGGAGGGUGCAGAGGGUGUCAGGACGAUCAGUGCGACCGGCAGAAUGUGUUCAAUUAUCCUUCGGAGGCUCGUAGGAAAGGGGAAGACGGAAGGAGACGAGGGCGAGGAAGAGGGCGAAAAAGUCGAAAGUGUGGAUGUUGACUUCGGGAUGGUCGAUGGAAAAGAGCAGGAGGGGAUCGCACGAUGGGUGAAGUGUCGCCGACAACUCUUCGGAAAGCGGAACGAGCUUGUGACAGCAGACGCAAAGGGGAAAGGAAAAGGGAAGGAAAAGGUUGUUCCUAUACCUGUCGAGGACGACGACGAUUCGGAGGACGAAGACUUUAGCCUUGGUUCUGAAGGCUCGGACGGCGGGUCUGCGACAAGCGAUAGUGGAUCCGAGGAUGGUUCUGGCGCGGAUGGGGACGACAAGAGCGAGGAGCUCGGUAGUGGGUCCGAGUUGUCGGACGACGAGGCAGAGGCGGAGGGAGGAGAUGAGGGAGACGAUGAGGAGCUCGACCCAGCACAUCACCCACUCCUACGGCCUGGUGCAAUGCCAAAGCAUAUUUCGCGUGCAGCUCUGGAUGCCGUGGUGGGGAUGGUGGAGGCAGACAUGACGGAUGGGAGGAAGGGUCCUACGGAUGACCAGGUGGAAGAAAGUGAAAGCGAGGAGGAGGAUGAGUUAGAGGAUUGA